AUGUCGCUGACAGACUCAGCCGCAGUUGAUGUCGCUCGCAGCGCAUCCCUCGCCUCCCGCCGCCUCGCAAUAUUGUCAAAUGAUGCUCGGAAUGAAGCACUUACGGCACUUCAUCAUGCCCUUGACAAGAACCGGGCUACAAUUCUGGCUGCCAAUGCCAAAGAUGUUGAAUCGGCUACUCGUGCUGCUGAAAGCGGUAAUCUUAGCCACAGUGUGCUCAAGAGACUUGAUUUGUCUCGGCCUGGAAAAUAUGAAGAUAUGCUAGAGGGUAUCUUGAGUGUACGAGAUCUGCCUGAUCCUAUUGGAAGAGUUACGCUGCGGACUCUCCUUGAUGAUGGCCUGUCCCUUGAAAGAGUCAGCUGCCCCAUUGGUGUCUUGCUGAUCAUCUUUGAGGCUCGCCCUGAGGUCAUUGCAAACAUUGCUGCCCUGGCUAUUAAAUCAGGCAAUGCCGCUAUCCUGAAAGGAGGGAAAGAGUCCAUGGAGUCUUUCGUCGCCAUUGCAAACGUCGUUUCUGAAGCCAUCGCUACUUCUCAGGUGCCAGUCGCCUCGAUUCAACUUGUCAAGACCCGUGAUGUGGUGUCCUCCCUCCUAGCCCAGGAUGCGCUCAUCGACCUUGUCAUCCCUCGGGGUUCCAAUGAACUUGUUCGAUUCGUGAAAGAGAACACGAAAAUACCAGUACUCGGACAUGCCGAUGGUCUGUGUUCUGCCUAUAUUCACUCGGAUGCCAACAUUGAGACUGCCGUCAAAGUGAUUGUGGAUUCAAAAACGGACUACCCUGCGGCAUGCAAUUCAUUGGAGUCCUUGCUUGUACACGAGGACGUCCUUGAAUCGGUUUUUCCUGCCGUGGUUGAAGCUCUGGUUAGCAAGGGCGUGUCCCUCCGUUGUGAUACGGCCUCGAGAACGACUUUGACAAAGACCUUGCCUGCCGAAAAAGCCGCGCAAGUACAGGCGGCUACUGAGUCUGACUACGAUACCGAGUUUUUGGACCUUGUGUUAGCAGUCAAGACCGUUCCUUCCACGAACCCGCCCAUCUCGGCUGUGGAUGCUGCAAUCGCGCACAUCAAUGCGCAUUCAUCGAAACACACCGACAUUAUUUUGACCGAGUCCAAAGAGGCCGCGGAUUUGUUCACAAGCGGGAUUGAUAGUGCGGGUGUCUUCUGGAAUGCGUCGACAAGAUUUGCUGACGGCAUGAGGUAUGGGUUUGGGACGGAAGUCGGUAUCAGCACCAACAAGAUCCACUCCCGUGGACCGGUGGGAUUGGAGGGACUCACCAUCUAUAAAUACUUGAUUCGGGGUCAGGGCCACCGGGCAGGAGAUUACUACGAGGGGGAAGGGGGACGGAAAUACCUCCAUACGAGUCUGCCCACGGGCCAGUGA